AUGGGGAGGAGGGGGAGCAGGGGGAGGAGGGAAAUCUGCGGAGGAGAAGGUGGGGAGUUGAUAAGGGCGGGGGCUGGAUGGUCGGGGGCUGGAUGGGCGGGGGCGGGGAGGAGGAGAGGGAGAGAAUGGGGGAACUUGGAGAGGAGUGGACAGGCAUUCAGAGGUGAGGAGAGAGGAGGAGGAAUGGGGAGAGCAUGGAUAGGGGGAGAGGGGAGUGGGAAAGACGGGUUGGACAUAACGGAAAUAAAGGGUUCGGGGUUUGGGGGUGGGGGGGUUGAGGCGAAGAGAAGAGAUGUGGGAACCAGGAAGGGUCUGUUUCUGCUCGGCCCCAAUGAUAUCCUGCCAUCUGUCACUGCGUCAGAGUUCGCCGCCCGGCGCAGGGCAGUCAUGUUCCGCCUGCCACGUGGCAGCGUGCUAGUGGUGGGCGCGGCUCCAGUGCGCUACAUGGCCGGCAUCGUGCCGUUCCCCUACCGCCCAGACUCAGAUUUGAUUUACCUCACGGGGUGCUGGCACCCGGGUGUGGUGGCUGUGAUAGAGAGCGAUGGGGGGAGUGGUGCUGCGGAUGGGGAGAGCGGUGGUGCUGAUCUGGGAAAUAGUGCUGGUGGUGGGGGGGGUGGGGGAGUGAGUGGGGAGAUGGAGGGUGGACGAGGUGGAGGGGGAGGGGAUGUGCAGUUCACGUUGUUCUUACCGCGGCAACGAGCUGAUGUGCGUUGGUGGAUGGUGGUGUGGGAUGGAAGGGCUUUGGACCCCCCUGCUGCCACGGCCUUCUUUAAACCUGACAGAGCCCUGUUUGUGGAUUCUCUUAAUGAGUACCUGCUGGAGGCCCAACAACGCAUCUCAUCACACCGACUCUCCUCUUCCUCCUCCCUCCCCUCCUCUUACUCUUCCGACCGCUCUCCACCUCCUCGCUUCUACUGUGACCAUCGGGCCAAUCACGAUCUGAUUGCUACAGUGCCGGUUCUUGCCGCUGAGCUGGCGACCGGGCGGCUGCUGUCGUCCCGUAGCGUCCUGGACGAGCAGCGGUGGAUCAAAUCCGAGGCGGAACAGAGGCUCAUGCGUCGGGCGGCUGAGAUUACAGCAGAGGCCUUCCUAACAGCUAUGAGGCAGUCAGCAGCCGUGGCAACAGGAAGAUGGGGAGCAGCAGGAGGAGCAGGAGGGUUCGGUUUUGCUGCCUCCCGUGAAGAUGGGCACAUGGGGGGGUCGUUGCCCCACGAGGGGCACAUUUCUGCGCUGAUCGAGUUUGAGUGCAAGCGACGGGGAGCGCAGCGAUUCGCCUACCCCCCAGUGGUGGCAGGCGGCAGCAGCGGCUGCAUCGUCCACUACCUGCGCAACGACAGGCCAGUGCAACCAGGGGAGCCGUUACUGGUGGAUGCGGGCUGUGAGUACUUCGGCUAUGCCUCAGACAUCACUCGCGUGUGGCCGCCCUAUGGGAAAUUCUCCCCCGCUCAGAGAGCAGUGUACGAGGCGGUGCGGGAGGCGAUGGUGGAGUGCAUUGCCAUGUGCCGGCCGGGGGCCACUCUGAGGGACAUUCACCAACACUCGGUCAUAUCUCUCUCAUCAGCCUUGGUGCAGCUGGGAGUGUGCCAGGGCUCGGCACAGCAGGUGGCAAGAGGAGCAUUCCGGCAGUUCUACCCGACCUCUGUUGGGCACUGGUUAGGGCUGGACACACACGACUGUGCAUCCGUCUCCUCCUUUCAGCCGCUCAAGCCUGGUGUGGUGCUGACAAUCGAACCAGGCCUCUAUCUCCCGGACAUCGACCAAGUGCCAAAACACCUGCGUGGCAUAGGCGUGCGCAUAGAGGAUGACAUUUUGAUAACGGCCGACGGUUAUGAG